ACUUUUAGAAAGAGAGCUAUUAUAUGGAGUUGGACAUGGAAGCUAUGUUUGCUGAAUUCCAUUUUGUUCUACACAAUCUUCCCAGUUCUUGUUUAUUUCAUCCCUGACUUUGCUUCCCAACUUAUUUUCCUCAAUUACCUCAAGUGUCCUGUAUUCAGAGACUACCAUGCUCCUGAGGUAUAUGGAUUGAAAGGAGCAAGGAAUGUAUAUCUACCUUCUACCAAUGGAGUUCAGCUUGGAGUGUGGCAAAUGCUUCCUACUUCUGUAAGACCUGCCAGAGAAGAUGAUGAAAUAUCAGCAGAGUUCUUUGAUAAAGCAUUAAGAGACCAUAGACCAGUAAUUAUGUACUGCCAUGGAAAUUCAGGUUCAAGAGCAAAUCCACACCGAGUAGAAUUGUAUAAAUUAUUGAUUAGACUGGGAUUCCAUGUCGUAGCUGUAGACUACCGAGGAUAUGGAGAUUCAUCAAGUCAUACCACUCCGGAUGGUAUUCAUGAUGAUGUAAGAACAGUGUAUAGAUGGCUGAGAGAAAGGACAGGGGAUUCCCCUUUCUACAUCUGGGGACAUUCCCUUGGAACAGGAAUAUCCACAGUAUUCACUUCAAAAAUAUGCAGAGAAGAGGGAUGUCCUACAGGUCUAGUCUUAGAAGCACCAUUCAACAACCUUCUAGAUGAGGUCAUGAGACAUCCAUUUGGAAUGCCAUGGAACAUUCUUCCAUACAGCAGAGGUUACUUUGAUCAAGCUUUUAAUUCUACAGCUCCAUACUUUCAGAGUGACGUUAACAUAGAGCAUGUGACAUGUCCUAUUCUUAUUCUCCAUGCUGAAGAUGACUGGAUUGUACCACAUGACCUAGGAAGGAAGCUUUAUGACAUAGCUGUUGAGAAAAGACCAGCAUCAGCAGAUCCAAUCCAAAUGGUUUCAUUUCAUAGUGAAGAGGGCUGUGGACAUAAAAAUAUUGCUUAUUCAUCGAAGCUACCAUCUAUUUUGAGUGAUUUCAUCAAAUGAGGAACCAAAGGUUGUCAAUGAAACCCAGUAGCUUCCAAGCCAUAUGUGUGUGCAGCUGUUUUUUUUUAAUAUUCUUUGUGGUGCUUCAACUUUUAAUUAUGUGAUUUUAGUUUCUGACUAUUACCUCCUACGGUGUAGAUAAGAUUUCUGAGUAUUACCUCCUGCUAUUACCUCCUACGGUGUAGAUAAGAUUUCUGAGUACCUCUUGUUGCCAUGUCACCUCAUGUAAACAGGGUUGAUUUCAUUCAUUAACAUCGUUCUGAUGAAGACAAUCAAACACUCUUGGUAUUCAGCUCCAUAACAUAAAGAUUGCUGUGGGGUUGAUUUCAAUAUUGAUUGCAUUGAUUAUUGUGUAUGAAUGAUCAAUAAUAAAAUCUCUCCCAUAACAAUUCACUAAGCUUUAUGUUAUGAGAUAAAAGCAGAUAUGCUAUGUUUACUUACAUUUCUUCUGAACAUUUGAAAAGAUAUUUCAUGAUUUGAUGGAGGCAGAAGCUAUAAAAUUAGAUAAUUUCUAUCCCUUUAGUGGCAGACAACAUUGACUUGAGUCUGUUGAAGUAAUUUAAAUGAAUCAAUGGCUUAUCCAAGCCAGUGGUUACUAAAAGAAUAGACAUUUGAACAACAACAGUGAUUUGAAUACACAAAAGUAAUUUAAAUUGAUCAGCGCAAUGGCUUAUCCAAGCCAGGGCUAAUUAAUAAAAUAAUAGACAUUUGAAUAACUACAGAGAAAUUAUAUAAGCUGACGUUAUUAGUUCCUUUGAUAUCAAGUUAAAAUAAUGAUACUGCAGGCAUCUACUCUAUUGCUUUGGAAUACACAUAAUAAUGCUUCAAUAUUGAUAGUGAUGUUUUAAUGAUUUUGAAUACAUCUCCUUAUUAUAUAAGUACUCUUAUUUGAAUUUUUUUCUUCUUGUUUUGUAGUUUGUGAUGUGCCAUGUAUUCCUGAUUAUGGUGCCAAUGGAGUGUAUUUGAUGCUUGUUCAUAUGAGGUAUAUGAUUAGACAAAUCAUAUAUUUCUGUAUUAAUAAUGAAGGAAAUCAAAUUAUGCAGCUAAUCAUAGUUAAGAAUUACAGUAGCUCAUAAUAGUUAAAUGAAAAUCCCUAGCAAAUUGAUUCAUGAAAUUUUCAGCUACUUGGCACUCAUUUCGAGCUGGAAAGAAUUAUACUGUAUAAUAACAUUUUGUAAUCACAUUGUCUUAGAGCAAAGAAAGAACAUAUUUAUUGAUUGAAGCAAAAAAAAACAUUGUUCUGAAAUCAUGAUUUUGUUUAGUAUACUAUUAAUGAAAAAAUCUAUAUUUACUGCAAUUGGCAAUAGUUUUAAUGAGUCAAAGUUGCAAUAUCUCAUGUAUUUAUUCGAGUAUUCUAAAAACUUUAUCCGUUGUAGAAUAGCCUUGAUACACAUAAUUGUGUAUGCAUAGUUUAUUAUGAUUCAAAUCUGUCAAUAAAUAGUGUGAUACAGAGUAUUAGUCUGAAAGGUCUCAUUUAUUAUUCAUUUGCCAAAAUUUUCUGACAAAUUGAAAAGGGCCAGGUUUCUAAUUCUAUUGCACAGUUGGCGGAAUAUCUCAUUCAUACUGUUAGUUCUUCUAAGUACCAAGUAUUACUGUAUAUGUGUAGACUACACAACCUCACUGCUUACUGAAAUAACUGUUAAUUAUGAAUUAUGCACAAUGUCCAGUUUCAAACAGUUACCGACCUUUAUUUUUUUUAAUUAAUUAAAUAAGUAAAUGGCGAUGCAUUUUUUAAAUCGUAGAAUAGUUCUUUUAAAGAUUUACCCGUUUUUCCAUCUUUUUUUAUGAGAAAGAGAUAUCUGUAUCCCAACAGAGUUUGUGAUGAUUUUAUCAUAAUAUUUGGGCAAAAAAAGAAUGAAUCUAAAGGGAUAGAUACUGUUUGUGCAGUGCAUAUUUUGUGUAAGUUGUUUCGAGUAAUGUGUAACUUUUACCUCAAAUAUGAUUUUUUUUUUUUGUGCUGUUGAUAUUUUUAGUACUGAUCAUGCAUGGGUGAUCUUGAUAAGGAAAGGUAAACAAGAAUAGUGCAUAUUGAUAUAGUACCCUGCUAUAUUGAUUCAUAAUAGUAAUAGUGGUAGUGGUAGUGGUAGUAGUAGUAGUAGUAGUAGUUUACACAUUUGUCAUCUUGUGUAUGAUUUUUGUUAAAAAGAAAAAGGGUGAUUUUUUUCACAAAGCAAUUUGUCAGUGGUUUUCCCAACUUUAUUCAGCCAAUCAGAAUUAAGAAUUUCAGUAGCACAUAACAGUUUAGUGAAAAUCACUGGCAAAUUGCUUGAUGAAACUCACUUACUUGGCACUCAUUUCGAGCUGAUAUUCAUCAAUAACAAAGAAAUAAUAAUUUUGAUGUAGCACAAAAA